AUUUCCCUUCUCUUGCGUUAAAACUAUUUUUUGUUAAGCAAAAUGGCCGCAACCCAGAAAACCGGAAUCAGAUCGGGUCAGAACCGUGGACACAUCACCACUCUUCGUGAGUUGAAGACUCCCAUCUCCUACAAGAAGGGUGUUGCUGGCAAGCGUGUCAUUUUUGUCCGCUCGAUCAUUCGUGAGGUCGCUGGCUUUGCUCCUUAUGAGCGCCGCAUCAUGGAAUUGAUCAAGAACUCCAAGGAUAAGCGUGCCCGUAAGCUCGCUAAGAAGAGACUUGGAACUUUCCUCCGUGCCAAGAAAAAGGUCGAGGAGAUGACCAAUGUCAUUGCCGAGUCUCGUCGUGCCCACUAAAAGCAAGACGCCUCACCU